UAAAGAGUUAAUUUGUGGGACAGAAAAUGGUUGGUUAUUAAUUUUCAACAUAAAAUAAAAAACGUAUAUAUUUCAGUAUAAAAAGUAUUUUUUUAAACUAUUAAAAAUGUCUUGUGUUAUUCUAAAACAAUUCCACAUGGCUCAGAAAAAAAUGAAAUAUUGUGGUUUUCUGGAUGACCAGUUGGUGGCAACAAAGUGCCAUCGAUGAGUUUGUAUCCACCAGCUCGGAAAGCGAAGAAGAAGCUCAAUGACGUCAGCCCUGGAAACAGCGGUUUCCUUUAGAAAUGGCAACUGAACUCUAUGAAACCAUAUUUGUGGCCAAACAGGAGCGCCACAAAAACCUGUUCCUGAACUACAAGAACUUAAACAUUUUCCCGGUGGAGCUGCUGAAGGAUGAAGGGCUGCUGUUUCUGGAGAGGCUCUACAUGAAGAGGAACUCCCUCACAUCACUGCCGGACAAUCUGGCUCAGAAGCUCCCAAACCUCAUCGAGCUGUACCUGCACUCAAACAACAUAGUUAUUAUACCUGAAGCUAUAGGAAACCUGGCCCGGCUGCAGUCGUUGGACCUGAGCGAUAACGCCCUGCAGCUCCUCUGUCCGGACAUCGGCCGACUGAGGUCUCUGCGGCACCUCAGACUCUCCAACAACCGCUUGAAAUACCUUCCGCCAGAGAUCGGCGACCUGCAGGAGUUGGAGACGCUGGACGUGGCCAUGAACCAGCUGGUGUCUCUGCCGGAUCGGCUGCACCGCUGCAUCUCCCUGCAGAACCUGACCGUGGACCACAACCUGCUGAGCCACGUGCCCCGACAGCUCUGCUGGCUCCACCGCCUCAACCAGCUCUCCAUGGCGGCCAACCGGCUGAGCUUCCUGCCGCUCGACCUGGGCAGAUCCAGAGAGCUGCAGUUUGUGUUCGUGGACAACAACGCGGAGCUGAAGGGCCUCCCCUCCUAUUUGUACAACAAGGUCAUCGGCUGCAGCGGGUGUGGUUUGGAGGGCGUAGCGGGUGAAGCGUCGGGUGAGGUGCUGAGCGCGGCGCUGGUGGGUCUCCCGGCUGAAGUCAAGGUGAUCGGCUCAAAGGCGGACGGCGUGGUUCCUCUGGAGGAGCUGGCGAUGAGGACGCUGCACCAAAUCUACCACCACCUGCCUGCAGACUUGAGCUUGGUUCCACCCAUCACCCUCCCAAAGAGCUUACUGGACCUGCUGCAGUUCCCUCUGGGUCACUGCCACCGCUGCAGCCAGGCCAUGUUCACUAUCAUCUACCCCAAGCUGUUCCCGCUCCGGGACACCGCCCUGGCAGGAGUGCACCGCAGGACGACCGUGAGUUUUGUGGCCUACUGCUGCUCCAGCCGCUGCCUCCAGACCUUUGACCUCCAGGGCUGACACGGGUGGAGUUCAGGAGAUCUCAGAUCUGCUCAGAAUCGCCCCGAAUAAAGCAUCCGGGAUAACUCUGCGUGUGUUUGCUGCGCACAAACUAAACGGCGAGCAUAGUGGCGUUCCCUCACUAACCGAGCCGAGGUAACCACAGGCGGCGACGGGCCUUACUCACAAAGCGAGCACUUUCAUCCAAAAACCUCUCUGUGGGACACUUUCUCACAGAGGUUUCUUGUAGCAAAGACAUUCGAUCGAGCAGAGGAAAACCUCUGAAGGAUGAAGUCUGUUUUAUAUGAAGUUUUCCUUCUUGAAAAGUGUUUGGCUUUGACUGCUAACAGCCAAACAUCUGCAGGAAACACCUGUGGAGAUCCAACGAACUGUGUUUGACUGCUUGUUUGUUAUUUCUUAUAUUCAUGUUUGACAGUAAACAUUUAACUAACUGAGCUUAA